GAAAAAUCCUCCUAGACCUCUAGGUAUAUAACCACCAAGUGUCUACUCGCAUCCCACAAACAGGAUUAGUCCACUGUAUUCAGGAUGGUUUCAUUGAAAGACAUAGUUCCAGCAGCUCAGAAUACAAUAAACGCACAGUUCAUACUAUUAGACAAAGAAAGAUCACCACCACCAACAAAACAAGGUCAAGAGAAAUCAUGCAUGGCAUUAGUUGCAGAUGAAACAGCAUCAGUUCACUUCCAGUUAUGGGGUACCGAAUGUGACGCGUUCGAACCUGGUGAUAUAAUCCGUCUUACUAACGGCAUUUUCUCUAAAAAUCGCAAUAAUCUUGUUUUAAGGGCAGGUAAGAGAGGGAGAGCUGAGAAGAUUGGUGAAUUCACUAUGGUUUUUGCUGAAACUCCCAACAUGAGUGAGAUUGAUUGGGUACCUGAUCCUAAUAACUCAAGUAAGCUCGUUCAAGGGGCCGUCAUUUCUCCAUACUCGCGCAUAUUUCCUCCGCGAAACUGAGAGGGACUCAUCUCAGCCUUUCAGGUAGAAUUCAGUUCUGUUAUCCUAUAACAUUGACUUUCUAUGUAACAUUGUAAUGGUGAUGACUGAUGAAUGCAUGAUGUUACCACCACCAAUCUCAUAAA